AUGGUCCCAGCGAAACAGGCACCCUUUUCGGCAUGGGGGAUCACCAUUGUCCGGGGUAAGCGGACACUCGCGUACCCGCGCUACCCCGCUCAACACACUGUGGAAAAAUCCCACCCAAAGAAGGACCACUCGUCGACUUUUGCCCGGGCGCUUAAAGCGUGGUUGGGCCCCAAAAACAUCCGGGGAGAGUACUACCGCAACCGCUACUACUACCCGCCGCAAAACCAUAAGCUGAAUUAUGUCGUUGUCGACGGCCAGACCGUGGUUGACCUGACAUACAAGCCGAAAGUGUUGGACAAUAACCUCCACCCGUUCCCGCUUAAUCCUCAGUGCCGCACCGCUUUGAUGAUCUCUAAUGAAUUGAAACAAGAGAUCGUCAAGGAAGUUAAGGAGAAUGGCUUACAUUACCAGGAAGUCGCUCACAAAUACGGUAUUUUCAUGCUGAGAGUGGAGGCCAUUUGCAAAUUGCACGACAUCGAACACCAGUGGAAACAAGAGAACCAGGUGCUGAAGGACUUACAGGUGUUUGCCGACACCAUGUACAAGAUGUUCCCGUUGUACCAGCCUCCCGUCAACGCCGAUAACUUGACGGAAAUUCCUACGCCGCAAAAGACGUUAGCCCAAAGAUUUUUGACCAUUGCCGAGCUGGAACCGUUUGGACCCGUCGACGCCGCUCGUCUUUUGGAUUUACCCGUUGCCCAAGAGACUUUACACAAGUUGACUGACUUGGACCCUGAAGAACAAGCCGCGGCAUCGUCUCACCACCAAAAUACGGUGGUGGUCGGUACCGAAAAGCAAGGUGACCGCACUCAAUUUAAGUUCACCAAGGGCAAAUCGGGCGACAUCGGCUUCAGAUACGGGGCGCUGAGACGCGAUAAGAAGAAGGACCGCGCCGUCGGCUUCGACGCCGCCGGGAAAAUGGUCUACUUGUAG